AGCUAUCUCUGUGUGUCUGUGAAAUGUUUGCUUUCUCUGCGCCCACCACUGCUGGCGCGUCGAACUCUUCGAAAAACUUGUAACUGUAAUUGUUGAAGGAGAAUCCUCUGUACAUACAUUGGCACUCAACACACUCAUUGUCACUACAUGCUUUGUUUUGAGUUGUUGUUAACAAAGUUACCUCCAAUGAAUAGCGCAAACUGUUACUCAUCGCGACUUCUCUUACUCUUGUUCCUACUUUCGGAAGAAAAAACACAAUGACGGCCUCAAGCUCCACGACGACAGCACGACGAACUGGAUCAUCGUCAUCUAGUACCUCUACCUCAACAUCAAUAUCCUCCUCUGCCUUGUUUCCGAAGAUGAGCAAUAGGAUGAUGUCUUCCAGUUCUUCAUCUUCCUCGUCAAAUAAUAGAUCGACGCAACAGCUCACUCCCUCCCAACGACGAGAGGCACUCUUAGAAGCUGAGGCGUUCCUGGAGGAGCGGAUGAAAGGCGACUUGAGGGAUCAAAUUGAGCGGACGAGGCGAAUCGCCGCUGAGAUCAAAGAGGUGAAGAAACAACAAUUGCAGCUGCAGGAGAUUCAAAGGAAACAUCGCUUAAUGGACAUAGCGGAUCAAGACUUUGAGAUGGAAACGUUGGUGAAUCUGGGGAUUUCAACGGUCAUGGCGAAAGCUCGUGUGUUUGACACGAGAAGAGUGUUUGUGGAAUGUGGCUUGGGGUUUUUAGUGGAGAUGGAAUUGGAUAAAGCGGUAGCCUUUUUGAAGGAAAAGGAGAAACACCUGACAAAAGACUUCGAUCUAGAGGUAGAGAAAUCUACGAAAAUAAAGGCAAAAGUACAUGAAAUGAUGUAUUACAUGCAACAUUUGCAACAGAUAGGGGUCGCAUGAUGCAGUUGACGAACAAUCCUCUGUUGACAACCCCGUACUCCCCCUGAUGCAUUGACAGGUAUUGAGUGGCAAUGUUGAACUUGUUGAAAAAAGGAAAACUGAAAGUUCUUGUCCUGCUUUUCAUUAAGGCUACCGCUGAAGCAUCCUCAACAUUAUCCUUGGCUCUUUUUCUACUUGAAAAGGAAGCCAAGGAUGCUCUCAGGGAUGCGACCGCGGUAGCUCUAAUUUCAUCAACAAACUGCUAGUUCUUGUGAGAAAGGCUGGGCAUGACGGAGCAGCUUUUACUUUGUUGAUGUUACAUUCAUGGGGCGUCGAGGUGUUAGUAGUACCAAGGCCAACUGCUACACUCGACUCUUCUUUUUUCCACUUCUUUGUCAACAACUACUUUCAACACUUUCAUCUUCCACCUGUUCUUCGACAGCUACUUCUUCAACAACGAACUACCAAAAUUCACGUUCUUCUUCUGUAUUUAUUCUUCAACCAUCAUCUCAUUGCUCGCUUGGGAAUACUUACAUCGAUGCAAUUUAUUGGAAUACAUCGAUUUCGAUUCUUAAUGUUUUUCAUGGUGAGAAUCAUGUGAAUGUUGACUGUAGCGACUGUGAAUCAAGUCGCACAUAAUUCACUUCGUCGAGGUUUAGCGUGCAAGAGCUCCCAUGAGCCUAACAGCGUCAACCGCGUAGUCCAGUCAUGAUCUUGAGGCGCAAGAGUCUAGUUGUUGUUCUAUCGUUUACUUGGCCUCAUCGAUGGCGAUGAUGUUGAUCAUGCCCCGGGUCUUGUGCUAUGAUACCAAACCGCAACUGGACCAGGGUGGCUCUAGGUACUUAUUUUUAUGUCCC